AUGACAAAUUCCACAGUAGAUGGAGAGUCAGAUAUAUUGGAUUCAAUUCACCGAGUUGAGCAAGUUAGAAAUAGAAACCAUUCAUUCGAAUUACCUUUAGUAAAGAAAAAGGUAUCUUUUACAACACCACAAAGACCAUCUUGGUUACCUCAUAAACCACUAUGGCUACAAAGAGUUGGAAGUAGUUCAGCACUUAUUAUUAUUUUAGCAGCAAGUGGUGGUUUAAUUUUUGGAUAUAAUACAGGUAUUAUUGGUCCAGCUUUGGGUCAUAUUAAAGAUGAGCGUCGUUUAAAUACUGUUCAACAGGGUCUCAUUGUUAGUGGAACUCUUUUAGGUGCAUUAAUUAGUUCUUUUUUCGGUGGUUUUUUGGCCGAUUGGAUAGGAAGAAAACCUGUUAUUUUUAUAACUGCAAUUGUAACUAUUGGAGGUGCAAUUUCAUCUGCAGCUACUAAUCCUUUGGGUUUAAUAGCUCCAUUAAGAAUUAUUUUAGGUUUUGGUGUGGGUAUUUCUUCAGCAGUUUGCCCUUUAAUGGUGGCAGAGGUAGUACCUGUAGAAAAAAGAGGUGCCUAUGGUUCAAUUUUUCAAUUAUUUAUUACAAUUGGACUACUAUGGGCAAAUGUAAUGGGUGUUCUUUUAAUGAGAUCUGCAAAUAAUUGGAGAUGGAUGUUUGCUAUUGGUAGUGUACCGGGUUUUUUUGUUCUUAUUAUAUGGUGUGUUAUUAACGAAUCACCAGUAUGGAUAGAAAAUAAAAGACUUGAAAGAGAAAGAAGAAUUCAAGGUGAACUUAUUAACGAAGAACCAUCAAAAAAAAAGAGUUGGAGAGUUUUAAUGGAACCAAAGAAUCGUAAACCAAUGUUCCUUGGUGUUGUACUUUGCGUUUUUCAACAACUUACUGGAAUUAACGCAUUUAUGUAUUUUUCCAAUAUUAUUUUCGAAUAUGCAGGUUUCACUCAAGAGUAUGGUGCUAUAACAUGCUCUUGUAUUUUACAAGUUUGGAAUGUAUCAACAACAGUGGUUGCUGCUUUGGUUGUAGAUAAGAUUGGAAGAAGACCUUUGCUUUUUGUAGGUUCAAUCGUUAUGACAGCAAUGGAUUUGUUAAUUGCUCUUUUCUUUGUAACUUUGGAAGGUAAGGUAAAAGGUUGGCUUCAAAUUGUUUGUUUGUUUGCAUUCGUCGGUGCAUUUGCUAUGUCUAUUGGUACAUUAUUUUGGUUUAUUAUUAAUGAAAUCUUUGACCCAGAUGUUAAAGAUAUCGGUUCACCAGUUUUAGUUGCUUUACAAUGGUUGUUCAACAUGUUAUUAAGUUUUACUUUUGUUAGUGCUGUAACAUAUAUAGGGCAGAGUACUAUGUUUUGGAUUUUUGGUGGUGUGGGGGUGAUGUGUGUUGUACUUUUAGCAAUAUUUUUACCACCAGAAAAAAUAGAAAAAGAAGGAAUUGUCCCAUUCAAAGAUAUUACAAAUGAAUUCUCACAAGAGCUAACACCCUCAAUUUUCAGUAAAGAACGUUUUUACAACCCAAAGGAAGAGGCAAUAGCUGAUAACGAAAUACUAGCUGAAAUACCAGAAGAAUCAUUAGAUGAAAACGGAAAUUUAACAAUUCCUGUAAAUUUAGCUCGUUAA